UGCAUUCAAGGAUACUUCAAAACCCUUGAUGUAGAUGGAGACGGAAUGCUGUCUCGGGUCGAGCUCGAGAAGGGCUUCGAGAAGAUAUUUAUGUUAGAAUUCGAAUCGACGACGAAAGAGGAUAUCAAUAAGAUUUUUGACACAUAUGAUAAGGAUCGAAAUGGUAAGAUUGAUCACGAUGAAUUUAGGAGCUUAAUGAAUGAGAUUAUGGUUACAAUAGCACACGGUAUUGGUAAUAUUCCAGUCGUUGUGACCGUACUUGAUCAACAUAGUUUGUUUAUGAUGGUUGUUAACCAUGAAUUAGCUAGUAAAAAUACCCAUCUUCUAUAGAUAAGUAGUCAAUCAAAAAUUAUCUUUCGAUCAACGUAUUAGUUAGUAAAAAUAACGUAGGAUUGGUUGAAGAAGAAAAAAAGGCUGAGGAGAAUUUUUUUUUUUUGAAAGUUGAAUUACAUGGUCGUUUUCAAAUUUCAAGAAAUUCUUUUCCAAAAUGUUGUAAUGUUGUUUAUGGUUAUGAAUAAAAAUAUGAUGAAAUU